UAGAGUGUAACAAGUCUAUGGCGCCUUUAGCGUCACUCCAUUUCCGUCGCGGAAGGGAAGACGGGGCCCGUGAGCGCGAUGAUCCCUACUCCGUGGUACCAGCACGUGGGUCCGCAGGGCCCCUUCAGCGACGUCUAUGAGCCCGCCGAAGACACUUUCCUGCUGCUGGACGCCCUAGAGAGCGACGCAGACGCGCUGAGGAGCGCCAGAAUUGACAUCUGCCUUGAAGUAGGAUCUGGAUCUGGAGUAGUUUCAACUUUUUUGGCUUCUGUCGUUGGACAUGAAGCAUUAUACAUGUGUACUGACAUCAACCCAAUGGCAGGUCUCUGCACAGUGGAGACAGCUAUACGCAACCAUGUUGACAUUCAGCCCAUUAUUACAGAUCUGGUAACUGGAUUAUUGCCACGAUUGCAUGGGAAAGUUGAUGUGCUGCUUUUUAAUCCCCCCUAUGUGGUAACCCCAUCAGCUGAGAUAAAAGGUCAUGGAAUAGAGGCAGCCUGGGCUGGAGGUAAAAAUGGCAGAGAAGUUAUGGACAGACUUAUUCCACUGGUGUCCGACCUGCUUUCAGCAAAAGGAUUAUUUUACUUAGUUACAAUAAAAGAAAAUAAUUCAGAUGAAAUUAUUGAAAUAUUACAGAAAUAUGGUUUGGAAUGCACCAAAGUACUUUCCAGACAAGCAGGAAGAGAGAACCUCUCAGUACUCAAAUUCUACAAGUCCUGAACAUUAUCUGUGGAACUGCCUUUCAAAACACAAACAAAAUUGUAAAAUUUAAACUAUAAUCACUGGCAGUAUUUUUGCAGGCACAUGAACUAGCUUUAUGACUGGGUUGUACCUAUCUAAAAUAGAAUGUACAGUGUUUACAUAUGCUUAAAAAAAGACUUGUGAAACGAAUUACAAGUGUAAUAUUGAGUAAGCACAGUUGGUAUUAGAAUUCACUCAUCUCCACAAGAUAAGCUGCCAAAGAAAUAUUAAGGUGUACUGGUCAUCAUACCAGAUUGCUUCCCUGCAUGAUUUGGUAUUGAGAAAAAUUUCUUUUACUGUUUACCCUCUCACUAUUCAGAAACAGAAGUAUUGUCUUGCUGAAUCAAAGCAAAGGUGCAUUUGGUACAUCAUCCUAACAGUAGCAAACCAGAUGAUUCUAAGACCCUCUCUGAAUGAUUUGGCCUCCGAGCCUCCUUCACAAGGUGUGCAGUGCCUUAUCACUUGCAUCCCUCUUCCUUCCAGUGGACAAAUGAGUGGACAGGUGGUAGAUGGGACAGGCAGACACUCAGUAUGAAAGGCACUGAUAAACCUACUCAGUGCUUUUUUUUUUUAAAGAAAACAGGUGCCAGAACUCAUGAAAUUAUUUACCUUUCGCAUGUAGUCAGUCACUGUACACACACCCACACACAUCAGUUGUGUAACAAAACAUAAC